CGCUAACCGGCCUAAACUAGAGCACUUGUGUACUCCACGUCUUCGCGGAGAAAUGGGAAUGGAUUCCAAAGCAGAAGCAGCGGAGCAGAGCUCCACCAUCAGCGUCCCUGUUCUACCCGUAAUUCUCUCCUCCUCCUCGUCCGUCUCAACACCGCCGUCUCCGGAUCCCUCCGGCACCCUCACUCCUCCCCUCCACUCCGCGGCUGCCGCCGUUCCCUUCCGAUGGGAACAAGAGCCUGGAAAGCCCAAACACACCACCGCCAUCGUCCCCUUCUCCAUCUCUUCCCUCACCAUCACCGACUCGUCCCCAAAAUCCUUAGAACUCCCUCCCAGGCUCCUCGCUGUAGAGAAUCCUCCUCACGGAUUAGGUAGCAGCAGCAGAUUUCGCUCUCCCUCUUUGAGAAUGGGCUCCGAUUGUUACGGUUCUUUCCGCGCUGAAGGAAGCUGGGCUGUGAUUCGGAGCGGACGGCAAAUCGGGUUCGGGGCGGGAGAGAAACGGCGGUGGUUUGGUUCUUGGAGGAUGAAGAAGAGAGAGGUGAAUGGUGGUAGUCACGUGUUCCCAUCUUGUGGCGCUGAUCAUCGAAAGACUAGUGACGUUGUUGCCAUUGGAGGCACUCGGAAGAACAGAGUGAAGAUGAAAGGCACGGGUCUCUGGGCAUCAAUAUGGGAGGGGUUGAGGCAGAUGGGAGUGUGGAGGAGUCAGAGCAAGACACUGAAGAAAGAUGAAUAUGCAUCGAGCCUCUAAUUACCAAUUUUCAUGAGGCCGCGCUGCCUACUUCACCGUAAAUUUGUGGUUUUAUUUGAUUUUCUUUAUUACCUGAGUGAGUGUAUGUGUGUUGUUCUUCUAGAAUCAGUCUAUGGCUGCUUAAAUACGUGAAACUCUACAUCCGCUAUCCAGAUUGUUAUUUCACGGCCUAGCCUAUUACAAAGUUA